CGAGAUGUCUGCAGCUGCAACAACUGAAACUUCUGCUGCAAUUUUAUAAUAACAUAUAUAUUAUCUCGCCGCAAGGCAAAGUGCACAUUGUCAAUGUCGAUCAGUUAAAAGUACUGUACACCAGUUUCAUCAAACAUGGAGGAAGAAGUGGUUCUAGAACAAGUAAUGGUUGACAGUCAUGGUCAGAUUUUGGCCAAAGUCGUCAAGGAGGCGGAGCAGGAUGGAGAUGGAGUGUUUAAGGAUUAUGAGGAGAUGCUACUGCAACUGAAUUCGCUGCUGGACAACAGACAGAUGGCUUCCAGCCUGCCGUAUCACCCCACUGAGAAUGAGCUUUGUGCAGGGAAAGUGGAGUCAAUAUGGUUUCGGGUAGAAGUGAAAAACGUUCUGUCAAGAAAAAGUGGGCCUCAUGGCACGUGUUACAGGGUGGAUGAAGGCGACACAUUGACGAUACCCGUGGCACAUUUGCGCCACCUUCCUGCCAAAUUUCAACAGCUCCCAUACCAGGUCCAUCCAAUCGUCCUUCACGGCAUCCAGCCUUUCUCCCUGGUAAUCUCGGAGGAAGACCUCAUGGUUUAUCCUGGAGUCAGACCUCAUUGGGAUGAAGCAGCAGUAAAGUACAUCCAUGACAACAUCAAAGCUGCGAAGGAAGUUCGCUGCAAAGUAGUGAAUGAGGGCUCUGGUGGGGCCUUGUAUGUUCUCAUGUAUCUUAAGACAAGGUCCGGUCCCUGGGUUUUCCUCAAUGAAACACUGAAGAACCUUGAAUAUGCCACUGAUUUCUCGGAGGAUGUUGAAGUACCAAUUGUCAAAACCAAAGAAGAUCUGAUUAGAGAAAGAUUCAGAAAACAAAGAGAAGAUAGAAGGUUACGCGAAGAUUUGUCAUCACGAUCUGACCACGAGUUUGCAUGUCAUCCUGGGAGACCAACUGGUCGCUUUUCACCAGUCGAUAGAGGGUAUAGGACAGAUGGUCAGUAUAAUGACUUGGUGGCGAGAAAAACGAGCCCCAUUUCAACAGAUGAAAUGCUUGCUAAUGAGAAACGACAAAAGGAGCGAGUUGUGUAUGUUCAAGAAGAAAGGCUGAGGGAAGUGCCAUCAGGUUUUGCUAUUAAGCAUGAAUCCAAGGGGGACCCACAGGGUCCAAUUGGAGUCAAGCUUGGUUCUCAUGUGCAGCAUGUGAGUGAAGGAUCUUAUGAUAAAGAGGCCAUGAGAUUGAUGAGUAGGCCAAGGGCUAUGAUGCAGAGACUGGAACGGGAGCAGAGUGACUUGGAUGACCAUAAUAUGAAUAGUAAGGGUUAUGAUGCUGGAAAGGUAGAAGGACCUAGUAGAAGUUUCAGUGGAGACUAUUCAACAACUGAAGAGGCUAUGACUUCAAGAAAAAGUGUUGAAGGCGCCAGUCUCCAUGCUGGAUUAUUCAGAGGCAGAGGUUCCGUUGGGUCGCUGAGUGAUACCAGUGGAGAAGGAGGGGUACAGAGACUUGGCCGUGGGUUAAUGUCCCCACAGUUCAGAGGCCUACCUGACUCUGGUGCUCAGAGUGACAUUGAAGGGUUACUGAGAGGUCGAGGUGCAAAGUCCCCAUUGACCUCAGUGAGUGAUGAUGGUAAUAAUUCUACCAGGAGUAGGAAGUCUUUAUCACCAUUGACAAAAGUCAUGAACUCUCAACUUACUGUGGGUAGUGGACUGAGCUCACUGUUGACCUCAGGGAUUGGCCGAGCCAAUAGUCCAGGCAGGGGUAGAUCAUCGGGAAGAGAGAGCGAUGGUGCUAAUUCAAGUGCUCUGUCUGCCGAUGAAGGUGGCUACAGGUUGCCAUUGCAUGGGAGAGGGGUCGAUCCUAAACUGCCCCAAAGUCCAAAAGGUGUUCUUUUGUACAGAUCUCAAAAUCUUCAGAGUUUGACAAACUAUGAUUCUCAGAGUGAGAAUGAAAAGUUUGAAAAUGCUCUUGAUGCGGAGGGUAAAUCUGAUACUCAUAUUGCAAUAAGUUUGCCAAAAUCAAAACAAAUUCCUUCAGAUGUGUUCAACCAGUAUCAGCAUUUAUCUAUCAGAAGUGCCAUACAUUCAGAAAUGGUCAUCAACCCACAAACACUAAAAACUGACUCAAAUUUAAAUGCCUUAAAUUCUUUAAGAGCUCAGUCUCAAGUUGAUAGCUAUGGGAGCGAUACAAAGCUAAAUACCUCACAUCAAAUGAAAACUAUCUCCCGAGAGGAAAGCUAUGGUAGAGGUGAAGUACUGUCGGGAUCUGAGUCGUCUACUUCGAUUGUGUCAGCACAGAUGAUGGGACAAGCUGGCUUCAGGAAGGCCAGAAUUCCCAAGGAAACCAGCGUGAAACCUAGGGGCAUUGUUCACCGGAGCAUAAGCAGGCCAUCAGACAGCGAUGACAGUGAUCGGCAGCUUAACAUCUCCCAAACCUCUUCCAUUCUCUCUGAGCCCCAGAACCCAGGCCAGGUUGCCAUGUCAACAAGGGUGAAGUUCAGAGGUGUGGAAACCAGCCCUGUUUCCAGGGGCAACAGACCCCUCGCAACCCAGCAUUCUGGACAGGGGGAUUGUAGUGAGACGAUAAAUAGUGACGUUGAGCAGAGAAAGGUGGCUGUAUCGCAGCAAUUGCCCAAUACAUUAAAUAGUAGGCUUCCUUUAACAAUACCUCCGGAAACAAUUUCAGCUGAUGCAGGUUUAAAAGAGAAGACAAAACUUGUAGAUUUAAAGAAAUUGCUUCCUCCACAAUUAAAUAAGUCAAAAGCUACUGAUGUCAAAAGUGAGUCUGUACUUAAAGACGCAAACUUAAAGCAUGGAAGUCCAGUUACAACCAAUGUUGAGGGAAACAACUCUGCUGCCCCUGUAAGCAGAAAGCAGGCCCGUGAAGAGGCUAAGGGGAAGACAGCUAGAGACUUUGUAGACAUCUCACCUCCUUUCGCCAAUAAAGUGGAUAGGAGGACAGAUUCCACAAAAACUGUGGCUGAUGCUGUGUUAGGAAAAAUGCAGGGUCAAAGGAUUCUAGAAAGACUGACCCAAGGGGCAGGGGUGUCCAAAAAACAAGCCAUGCAGGGGGAUGGCGCAGAAAGCGUCAAGUUCCAGUCAACAGACAGAGUUUUGGUUCAUGGAGGAUCUCUGAGACAUCCCUGGUUUUCUAUACAGGAUACACGCUUUGCUCCCACCAUCACCAAGUCGUUUGAGGACCAAGAUUUCAGAUCACCACAGCUGGUUCAGUCUUACAGCUGGCCAAUCAUUGUGCGAGGGCGUCACCUGGUGGCAUUGUCCCCACCCAGUACAGGGAAAACCCUUGCCUACCUCUUUCCUCUACUCAGCGCUCUUACUGUGACAAGCCACUAUGAUGAGAUCAGGAAAAAUGGGUCUGGAGCUUUUGUUGUGAUACUGACUUGGACAUGGGAACGCGCCCAGGUGGUCUACGACACUUUCACCCAGCUUCAGGGCAGCAACAGGAGUCUUAGGGCCCUGCUUAUACACGGGGGAGGGCUGGAGGAAACCAAAACAUAUGAGUUGAUUAAUGGUUGUGACGUGCUGGUUGCUACUCCCCCCAGCAUGCAGCGGAUUCUCCAGAAUGGCUACACCGACCUAAGACGCCUUUGUCAUCUGGUUGUUGAUGAUGCAGACGUGGUCCUGGAAAAGUUUAUCCCCGAGAUGAACUACAUCAUUAAGGAGUAUGACCUGUUGAUAAACAAUGAGAUGAAACACUACGAAUGCCCAAGGCAGAUCUUGGUCUUUGGCUCCAUGUGGAAUCAAGGGGUGGACAAAUUCAUGGCUACAAUGAAUGAGCCAAUGUUGGUGAUAACGUCACACCUGGAGGCCUCUAUAUAUGGGGGAGUGAGACAGGUGCCACAUAUGUGUCGCCAUAACAACAGACUGGACACAGUUCUGUGCAUUGUGCAAAAUUUGCCCAGCUACAACAGCAGCAGCAGCAGCAGCAGGGCUAGGUUGAAGAAUGGGAAGGAGGUCAGAGCAAAGACCAUCAUCUUCUGUUCUCAGAAAAGUGAUGUUGGACUUUUACAUCAGACCCUUCGCCAGUACUCUAUCUACUGUAUGAUGGUUCACAGUGACAUGGACCUGUACCAGGCACUAGAUGUUGCUAAGGAGACUGAACUGCCCUUGCUUGUAUGUGAUGACAAGUAUGUCUCAGAGAUGCGGAUCAGGGAUGCCACUGUCAUCAUCCACUUCGACAUUCCCAGGUCAAAGACCGAGUUCAGUAACAGGAUGGGUUGCUUGAGGCAGUACUUCCGUGACUUCUCAAAGCCUGAGAAUGAACAGCCCCCCAUACAAGCAAUAUCUCACCUGAUCAUCACAGAAGAGAGCUGGCGGCAGGCCAAACCCGUGCACGACCUUCUUGUGCGCUCAGGAACCAAACAAACUCCAGAGCUACAGAAGUUUAUGGGAGGGAUUGAGCAGAGACAUGAAGAGGAUGAAAGUCGUGAUCUAUGUGACCAACAACUUGCUUUUGGUGUCUGCAGGGAUGUUUGGAGGUGCAGAUACCGCCAUUCAGUGAUGCCUGAUGUGGAUGUCCACCCAAGUACAGACUGGCUGCCAAAUGAAGGGGAGAUCAAGGUUCUGGUGACCCAUGUAAUAGAUGCUAGCCACUACUUUGUGAGAGUUCUAGGGGUGAGGCGGUUGGAGGGGGGCAAGAUGGAGGAUUUAUCGGCUGACUUCUCUGAGCUACAGAUGAACCUUGCCCUCUGGUACAGUGAUCAGGCUCACCAGAAACGGCACUCUGGUGCCAGGAUUGGUGAAAUUUGUGGAUAUCAGGAAAAUGAGAUGUUCUUUAGGGUGCAGGUUCUACAGUUGAAAGAGCAAGGGAGCCAUGAAAAAGGGGCUGCAACCACUGAUGCCGUGAUCAUGCUUAUUGACAGUGGUAGGUUAGAACAGAUUCCGGUCUUCAAACUGUAUAAGCUGCCUGGGGAUUUGAGAGCUGUUGCCUUUCAGGCAGUGGAGGUGUUUCUAGGAAGAGUGAAGCCGAAAGACAAGGACAUUAAAUGGACAGUCAAGGCAAGUGUGUUUGUGCAUACGGAACUUCAUGGUCGAGAAAUGGAGGGCAAGAUUGUGUUACGUCUCGGUCAUCGCCUCUGGCUGGACCCUCUCGUGAUGCGAUUAAAGCUGGGGGAAACACGCACCAUCAUUAACAAGUUUUCUGUACAUACAGAACUGAUUAGGAACGGACUGGCUGAUGAAAAUCCUUCACACUUGGAGCGACUGUUCAAGAUGAUUCAAGGGAAGGUCCAUAUUCCCAGAGCACUCAUGAUCAAAACAAAGAUGAGCCAGGAGCUGUUGACUGAUGUGUUACCAGCCUGCAGGCCCUCCCAUAAGGUAGUGAUCUCAUCUGUCCACACCCCAGAUCAUCUUUAUAUACAGAGACAUGAGAAAUUGGAAGAGCUGGAAAGUCUUAUGGUCGAGAUAGGGGCGUAUGUUGAGAGACAAGAGGAGGAUGAUGUCCUACAGGAACCACAAGUUGGAAAAUACUGUCUAGCCCAGUAUGCCUCCUUCGAUGAGAGAUGGUACCGGGGCCAUAUACAAACAGUGAAGGAUGACACAGUAGAGAUAUUUUUCCCAGACUACGGCGACCUUGACUUUGUCCCACGGGAUAAGGUGCGAGAAUUUCCAGUUGACAAGUUCUUUGAGCUCCCAUUACAGGCAAUUGAAUGCAAGCUGGCCAACAUAGAGAAAAUAGGAGACACCUGGGAAAUUCGGGCAGGAGAUGCAUUGUGGGACAUGUCACACUUUGUGAAUGAAAAGGACCUUCGACCGCUUGUUGCCACGGUAGUACAGGCCAAAGAAGAGACCAAAUACGCUGGACGCCAGAAGUUUGUGGUAGAGCUUAGAACAACACAGAGGGAUCUUGGUCAGGAACUAGUGUGGAGACAGCUUGCCAAACAUACACCAGACUGUACAAAAUACACCCCAUUGUUACCCCGGUCCACACCGGGAAAGAGGGUGUUCCCAUCAAGACUCCAUAAGAUUCCUGGCCUCUGUUCUGCUGUGUAUUGGGAAAAGGACCUUUGUAAGGCUACCAAACUUGCCGAAGAGCUUUACAACAUCCUUUCAGAAUGUCUUGGAAGUUUAAGCACCACUCAGGAGUCAGUUGCAAAAGAAGGACUUGUGAGCUUGGUUAAGAUGGUGGGCAGGGUAACACAGCCGGAAAUCCACAAAACCAUAUUUGAGUGUCUACUGUGUUAUGUCAAAGCGGGUGACAGAAUGUGUGACAUCCUUUUGGAAGAGAACAUUGUUCAACUUUCAACUUAUUGCCUAGAAAUGAAUUCUUGUUCAAUUUACCAGCGCCAGGCUGCAGACUUUAUCACCCAGGCUGCUAAUAUCUCAGUCAGACUGCAGGAAGCCUUCAGAGGUCAGGACUCAACUGAUGUUCUAUUUGAACUAAUGGAAUCCACCAUGUGUCAGCAGGUGCAGGGAGCUGUGUGCCAGGCGUUUGCUUCUCUGACCUCAGGAUCAGACGGACUGUUUAAGUACCUGAUGUACCCAGGACAUGGCCUUGUUCAAAAGAUCGUCUCGUUCCUGUCAAAGGCUACAGAUCACUCGGUUUCUGAAGGAGUUCUGUCUCUUAUUGCAGCUCUUAGUCAACAUGAUAGUGGUCAUGAUGAUUUCAAGAAAGAAUCAUUAAUGGAAGCCAUUGUUAAGAAUCUCCAGAAAACUGAUUGUCCUAAGUGUAUUGCGUUUUGUGUACAGCAAUGUGACCACUUUGCCUCAACCCGUCGUAAACACAAGACCUUCCUCAUAGAGCACCACAUGAUAACCAUUCUCAACAGAAUCUUAGACCUAGAGAUGCCUCCUGCAACAAAACAGCUUUGUAAAGACCUUAAGACUUCCCUUGACUUCAAGGUCCCUUCUGAGCCGAUCAGAGGGCUUCUCUUGAAACCAGGAAUGCAACAUAUGGGUCCCAUGUCAGACAGUUUGGUUGCUCCAGAGGUCCGCUGGAAUCAGAACUCCUUUGUUAUGCUGUUGGUGAUAAAGGUUUGUGAUGUCAACCCUGCAGCCCAUGAUCUUGUCACCUUCACUGAGGAUACGAUCUCAUUCAGGGCCCUAUCCAGGGGUGUCAACUACGGGUUCACCUACCGGCUGUAUGACCGAGUGUGUGUUGAAAAGUGUACGUGGCAUGUAAAACAACGGGAGGUCCUUGUGUCACUCAAGAAACAGGAAAAGGGCAUGUGGAGUCGACCUCUUCAUGACAAGAUCAAGCAUGGGAAUGUGGUGGCCGAUUGCGAGCAUAUUCUGGACAGUUCCGACUCAGAAGAGAAAGAUGAUCAGAGACCCUUCCUUCUUUCAAAGGGAAAGAAGAAAAAAGCCAUGUUCCGAGGGAUGAAGCAGUCAACGGUUCAGGUUCGCGAACCCGAGGAUACGGAAACGGACACAAGCGACAGCCUCGAAAACAUGGAUGACUUUGAUAACCGCACUGACUACGAUUUUAACAGCAUUGCCUACCAAAACCCAAUUUGAAAACAUGAACGACUUUGACAAGCACACUGACGUCACAACCUAGCUGAGACUGAAAGUGAUUGUGGAUCGAGAUUUGGUUGGAAAAACCAAUAGCCAAUUCGACAAAUUGCCAAACAGACAUUAUCACUAACUUCUUCGUGACAGAAAGUGAUUGUAAAGGUGGUUCGUAUUGAUUUACUCUAAUGCUCCAACCAUAGACGUUUUCAUAAAUGGGCCAUCGAUCUGAUUUAAGGUUAAAGCAGGGGACAUUAUUCCCGCCAAUGAAAUGUUAUAGUAUUUUUUAUAACCAUGCUCACAAUGGCAAUUGCCUCAUGCGUGGCUAGUUCCAUUGUAAAAAAGGUUGAGUUUUGCUCCUUGUCUAACUGUGUCAAACAGCUGGACACGUGUUUUCAUCCACCUUUGCAGUAGGAAGUGGGUAAUCGUGCUAUUCAUAAUUUCUUUGGUUGUAAAAGCAUUUAACCAUAGUUAAGACUUAUGCCUACUGCUUACAUCUUUUGUGCUCGUUUGAUUAUUUUCAUGGCUUUGAAGUAUUGAGUUUGCGUGCUUACAAAAUUGCCCUGACAUUAUAUUAUUGACCGUUCAGGAUUAUCAAAUGAAACCUGAACAAGUUUUGCCAGAAACAAUAACCACAUGUACAGCAAUGCCUAUAACUCUUUUCGCCUUGAAACAACGGAUGAGCCUUGCGUUCAACUGUGUUGCACUUUUGUUAACAUUAUAAAUUUUAAAAAAACUUUGGCUUUCAUCAGCAAUGAAUUGUAAUUUUGUACAAUGAUCUGUUAAAACACAGUACAGCUUUGAAAAUCAUGUCGGUGAUUGUUUUUGUGAUAACUAACAAAAAAUGUUCUUUUUUAGGCAGAUGUUUUAGCCAGGUUUAGGAAUAGGUAUUUGAAAACGUUUUUUUCUUUUUUCUCGUCUUUUGGAGUUUUUCUCUGGUCAAUGAUACACUGAAAUGUUUGUAUUAUAGUGUUGUUGUUUUUUUCUCAACUGUACAUAUUGUAUUGGCCUGUGUCAGGUCACAAUCCUGAAGUGGGAUCCAAAAGGACAUAGUUGUUCUGAACAUUAAAUUGUUUCGACAUACUAUCUGAUCAAGACUGUAUAUAAAAAUAAUAUCCUUGGAAAAUCUCAUCGCUUUUCCUAUCGGCAAUCAUCCGUCCUAUUAAAGUCGCAAUUUGUUGGCAAGUGGCUGGUGACUGAGGACUCAAAAUAUUAAAGAUUUUUUUUUUGUACAAAUGGAUAAACAAUUGUAUUGAGAAGAAAAAUAGAUUAUUUUAUAUUGACAUUGCUUGAUACAAAAAAAGCAAUAAAAUUGAUGGAACCACUGACUCUAAAAUCGAAACUGACACUUUUCGUUUACAAUGAUUUCAGGAUUUGUUCAUCAACAUCUUUGAAUUUGUUUCUUGUCAUUUUUCAUAAAAUCGUUACUGAUUUUCACAUUAAUUUCUUAACUUUGCAACAGAAUUGUUUUUACGUUUUUAUGUUAUUCAACACAAAAAGUGUAACAUUGUUUUUAAUUACUUGAAUAAAAAACAUAAAUAAUUA